UGUGGAGUGGGCUCCCACAGUCCAUUUGUGUAAUUUUGAUUUGUGUGUGUGUGUACAUUCAUGUACACAGGCACUCAAAGAAGCCACAUGGGCACAUCAGAUUGCUUGGAGCAGAAGCAGCAACUGUCUGGGAGACACCAAGACAGGUGUUAGGAACUGAACUGGCAUCCCCUGGAAUAGCAGUGAGAGCUCUUAACCACUCAGUAAAUCCCUACAGCCACAGCCACUUCUGAAAUUCUUAUUUUGAUUUCUUUAUAGGUUUUAUAGAGUGCUGAGAACUCUGUUAUUAUGCCCAAUCCAUAAUUUCUAUACAACCUCAUAUGACAUGAUUGUAUCAGUGUCUAUACUACAUAUUUUCAGGGAGAUACUCCUUAUUAAGUUUAGUACUUUUACAAUUAGUGUCAAACCCAGAGCAUGAUAUUUACAAGGAAGGCAUUGUUUCACACAGUUUCUACUCAAGCACAAAUAAUUAUUUGUAUUUAUGGUUUGGAAAGUUUAUAUGAGAUCUACCUUUUAUUGAAUUCUUUUGAAAAUAACCCUUUUUCCUUUAGUCUGUAAAGGCAGUGGUUUUACUGGUAAUGUUGAACUAUUUUAUACUUAUAUUCUAAUUUUCUCUUAAUCACAUAUAAAUUCAUGUUACUGUUCUGAUAAUAAAGAUUCAAUUUGCUACCAUAUUUUUUUAAUCCUAAAAUUCAGUGCUUGUGAUGUCAGCCUAUAGUUUCUUCUCUUAUGCAUUAUCAAGCAGUUGUAAGUCAUGACUAUCCUAUAGUUCUUCAUUUUUCUUGCCAUAGAGACAAACCGUACCCAUGGCAGAUGACAACUACACAAGGAUCACAGAAUUUAUUUUUAUUGGCUUGAGAUACCACCAUAAACUACAGGUCUUCCUGUUCUUGCUCUUUCUGCUUUUUUAUCUGGUUACUAUGACAGGAAACUUGGGUAUGAUCAUUCUUAUCCGUGUAGAUUCUCGUCUUCACACUCCCAUGUACUUUUUUCUUAGCCAUCUGUCAUUUGUGGACAUCUGUUUCUCAUCAGUUGUGGGCCCGAAGAUGCUCACAGAUUUCUUUGCAGAACGGAAAGCUAUCUCUUUUCUGGGCUGUGCUUUGCAGCAAUGGUUCUUUGGUUUUUUUGUGGCCAUUGAGUGCCUUCUCUUGGCAUCCAUGGCCUAUGACCGUUAUGUGGCUAUCUGUAACCCACUGUUGUAUUCAGUGGCCAUGUCCCAGAGACUUUGUAUACAGCUGGUGGUCGGACCCUAUGCUGUUGGUUUCUUCAACACCAUGACUCACACUACAGCUGCUUUCCGACUCCCCUUUUGUGGCUCCAACAUUAUCAAUCAUUUCUUCUGUGACAUGUCUCCUAUCCUUUCCCUCAUAUGUGCUGACAUAAGGAUCAAUAAAUUGUUGGUUUUCAUUGUGGCGGGAGCUGUAUUGGUUGUCAGUAGCACCACCAUCUUAAUCUCCUAUUUUCAUAUCCUCAUGGCCAUCUUGAGGAUCCGCUCUGCUGAAGGGAGGAGAAAAGCCUUCUCCACCUGCUCUUCCCAUGUCACAGCAGUUUCCAUUUUGUACGGGACUCUCUUCUUUAUCUAUGUGAGGCCAAGUGCCAUUUCUUCUCUGGACCUCAAUAAGGUGGUGUCUGUGUUCUAUACAGCGGUGAUUCCCAUGCUCAACCCACUCAUCUACAGCCUGAGGAAUAAAGAGGUGAAAGCGGCAAUGGGAAGGACAGUCACCAAGGCCAAAUUUUUCCUCAAAAACUAAAAUGUCAUCAAGAACAUAGAAGAGAUUCAAGGCAAAGCUGUUAGAAAUGAUUGGAUCUACCUAGACACCAUCUCAACAUAAUAGUUUGCAGAAUUUGUAAUUGACAUCUUUUAAUCCUUCCAUAUGGCACUUAUUUUGCUACAUAAAAUACACUUUAUUUUUCUAAGUAAAACAAUUAAGCUUUAUUUCAUUACGUCACUAUGAAUGUUACUACUAUUUAAGCACGUUUUAUUCCUUAAAGUAUAUUUAUUAUUUUAAGUAAGGUAAAAUCCUAUGAAUACAAGAUGUUAUUAGUACAUUGCAGCAUGUAUGUAUGUCCCUUAUUUCUUCAUGUAAAAUUGAAAAUAAUGAGUAGAACUCUUUGCUGAGGUUGAAAGUAAUUUCAAUUAAGUAUUUUCCUCAUUUAUUUAAAUUUCUGCCUGUAUAAUCUGUUUUUCAUGCUAGUUUUUUUAUUCCUGAUCAAAGCAAAAUAAACAAUAGUUGAAGUUUAUGGACAACUUUGCUAACUUUCUUGUUGUUGAAGAGCUCAAACACAGAGAAGCAUCUGGAUUUGAUCAGAAGUCUUAUCUGUUUGUAUGAAAUACUCAAAGAAUAAAAACAAUGGGUUAUUUCGAAAAGAUAAAGUUAUGCUCGAAAGUGACUCUUUGAAAUAAAUCAGAAUCUAUUAUUAUCUUUAAUUAUGUUAAUUGGGUAUGCUAUAAAAUACUUAGUUAAUAAUUAUGCCAAUUAUAUGCCUAUUAACAAGAUCUAUAGCUGAUGAAAUAAAAGCAGGUGAAGCAUGCUGUACUGAUUCAAGGAACACCUAAGCUGUAGAGUUAUCUCAAGCUCUGCCCACAAGGAUUUCACAAUGAGGUUGCUGGUCCCAGUGUGCCUGCUCAGAAGAUACUGAUGGAGGAAGAUCCUGAUGAAAAGACAGCCUCAUGGUCCUCUUUUCUUCUUCUUUAGGAAGUUGGACAUCCUUUGAAUGUUCUAAAUACAGCACUUCACUAGGAUUGAGAAUACACUAGUUUGGGUUCAGACUGGUUCAUCAGGCUUUCUCAGGAACUUUGGACCCAGAUAGGUCAGAGGACACAUAAAUAAGACUUUUCCUGGCUGCAUGCUGAAAUUGUCAUGGAAAGAAGGCCUGGAUUAUGAGUCAGGUUGCUAAGCAAACAGAAGCAGUGUCAAUAGGAGAAUGUAAAAGGAAUGCAUAUGGUAAUUCACAAAGUUCUUCCAUUUAACUUAUACUAUUUAUUUUUUAAACAAUUAGAUGGAGGCUAAGCUGAGCAAUCUCAGAUAUGAGUGUCCUUGCCACUUUGAAUAAAAAGUGUGACUGCUUUUUCUCUCUAAGAACAAAAAGUUGUCAAAGCUUGAUCUGUGCUUGACAACAAAGGUUCUUUGACUGUUUUUUUUUUUUUUCAGAAUCCUGUCAUCCAUGGCACACACACCUUCUGUGUCAUUGGUACAUCACAGUGUCACUGUGUCACUGUGGUGGACAAACUUUCAAAUCUGUGCUCACUGUCUUCCCACUUUCUUCAUCUCCUAACUGGUAUACCUUUGAAUAGUCUGGUACACCAUCAUUGGCUUUUUAUAUAAAAUUAUUUUAUUAAGAUGUCUUUAACUGCAUAAAAUGAUAAAAUAGCAUGAGAGAGUCUUAUAUUUUCACCAUCUAGUUUGUUAUCAUUCAGUUGUAUAGUUAACUUGGUGUUCUAACUGAAGUUAUUUUAGCUGAGAAUUCUUUCAGACUGUAGAAAGGUACAGUCUCUUUCUCUUGCAAUUGUGAUAAAAAUCCAUUCUAUAUGAGGAUUACAUUUGAAUUUAUUUAUUAGGAACAACAAGGUUUUCUGGCUUUUUAAAUCAUGGUUAUUUUGAAUUAGGAUGUCUCUGAUAACAAUUCCUUCCAACAUUAGGGUUGCCUAUAGAGAAGAAGAUCUAAACACACUUCAGACUAGUAAAUAGAUUAAAAAUAUCUUGUAGAGCUGGGAAGAUGGCUCAGUGUGUAGAGCAGAGGACCCGAGUUCAGCCCUCCAGAACCCAUGUAAAAUUGAUGCAGAUUUUUACAUCUGUAAAAACAGCUUUCUUGGGAGGUGGAAACAGGAGAGCUUCAAGAAGUUAGUAGGUCAGCUAGUCUGCCAGUAACAAUGGUAAACAAUAUGAAAUGUUUACCAUUGUAAACAUUAUGUUUCCCUAUGGCAAACAAGAUGGAAAAUGCAAACUGAUAGAUAAGGUUCUCUUCUGAUCUUCACACAUGUACAUGAGCUUGAACACACACACACACACACACACACACACACACACACACACACACAUACACACAUAAAGCAUGGGUGGAGCUCUUAGAGCUUCCAGGCAAAGCACCUGGAAUGCUCCCAUGGUUCCAGGCUACUGAGUGAUGUUUCUGAGUCACAGGUAAAGGAAUAGCUAUUUAGGCAGGAUUUGUAUUUCUGCCACGUUUGGCACCAUUUCUAGUCCUUUCUUGGGUAAGAAAAAGAACCAUUUACAUCCAGCAAUCUGCAUUCCUCUUCCAGGAGACUGUGCUCCAUUGUGACCGAAGCACACUCUUCCUGAAGCCUCAGUCAUUAAAUAUUUGCACCAACUGCGGGUUCCAGAUAGUACACUCUUGUCUGCUUGGAGUGGUGGCAAUUGAAUUUCUAAUCACAGAGAUUGUUAUUGUGAAUCACAUUCAUGUGCUGAGUAUAUUUUUCUAUGAUUUAAGUGAGAAAAUAUACACAGCUAUUUAAACAAAAAACUCUUAAAUCAAACAAACAAACUAAAACAAAACAAAAGCUGCUUUGCUAACUUGACCAAAAGUCACUCAUGUUCCCACACUUGUUACGGGGGUAAUGAGGUUCAGCUCAGGACUCAUGUUCACCUGGGUGACUGAGGUGACAUGGUAUACCUUUGGAAUCAUUUGGGGCAUGGCUGGUUCAACCAGUAAGACUUUUGGGUUACUUCGAGUCUCCACGAUGCUACAUCACUCUACCCACAGGACAUUUUGAUCCCAGCAUCCCUGUAAAGCUGUGAAGGUGAGAGACACACAGAAGAAACAAACAAGGUUUUAGAAUUUGUUCAUUUUCAAAUGUAUGGGUGUGGCAGACACUGCCCUUAUGGGCUGUACCAUCAUGAUAAUAAGGCUAUACAUACAAAGAAUGACUAAGAAAGAAAGAAGCCAAUUGUACUAGAUUCAACUCUGGUAUAAAUGUCUACAGGAGAAGUCCAACUUCCAUUAUUAUAAUUUUCACUUAAAAUGGCAAUUUUUAGCUAUAAGUACCUUCAGCCAAGAUACAUGACUACAUUUUCCAAUCUCUCUCUCUCUCUCUCUCUCUCUCUCUCUCUCUCUCUCUCUGUGUUUAUCCAGACUGGGUUUCUCUGUGUAGCUUUGGAACCUAUCCUGACACCCCCUCUGUAGACCAGGUUGUCCUUGAACUCACAGAGAUUUCUAAUCUCCUUUUAUGUUUAGGCUGUUACAAUUUGAUCAAUACUAACCAAUGACAAAUCUCUAGGCCUUUUUUUCUAAUGUCCUUUGGUUGUUGCCAAAUAAUCAAGUACUAACCAAUGAUACACCAGUGGAAGAUUUGAGAAUGCUUCUGGGAAAUCCUAGAUUUUCUUGUUAGUAUUUCUAACCUGACAUAUUUUGAUUAUCCAGAGUGCAGACUAUUGGCUGGACCUUGCAUGAUCAUUUGGGAUUAUGGGAGCCUGGUCCUCUAGCUCUUACAAGCUUCCUGAAUCCCUCAUCUAUGAUAUUCCUUUAGCUUUAGGUUAAUAAAUAUUCUUUCAAAAUGACUUAAUAUGCUGAAUUUUUAGCAACUUAGUUUUAGAUGCUACUUGUAUUUUGGAAUAUGGAAGUCAAACUUUGCUUAUAAUAGGGUAUUCAUGACAUGAGCCAUUUUACAGAAUUAAUGAGGAACUCUCUUUUUGUUCCUCCCUGUGUCUCUUAAGUAAUCACCUGCUGGGAAAUAUAAAAUGUGUUCAAUAAAGGCCUUUCUAUGUUUCUUGUGAAACAGACAUUUCUUCCUAUGCUAUUGCUGCUCUGGCCAUUAGAUGGCAGCAUCAGCACAGAAACCAUAUAUGAAGAGGCCUGGCCAUAUUUCUAUUUGUUCUUGUAGCAUUAGGGAGAUGACAGGUUUGGAGAAAUCUUCCAAAUACAACCAAUGAUUUCUGGGGGCUGAGAGAUCAAGGAAAGUUUAUCAUGUGCCUGUGUGCGUUGAUUCCAUAGGGAAAAGCCAGCACUUUAAUUGGCUUAUAGAAUUUCAUUGUCACAUAAACAUUUGACCCUCACUGAUAGGUUUUGACAUUCAUGCCUUUUGAUUAUAGGACUAAUUAUAAAGGAUAAGGAGUUUCCUGUUGCAUAUAACAGAGCUUGGUUAUGUCCAUCCUAGAUACACACAGCUUAGUUUUGACUCAUCAGACAUUCUUUCAUGCCUGAUGUCAUCAGAACAAUAACAGAUAAAACAGCUCAAUUACUUUCCUAGUUGGUCCUUUACUACUUCUGAAGUACACAAAAAAUGUUUGUUGUUGUUUUCAUUGCUGUUCUUACAGUUGAGUAUUAGAAUAUUUGUUUUGUUUUCCAAUUUUAUUUUAAUUGUUCAGGAACUUUAAAAUACCCUAAAAGAAACCUUUCUUUUUUGUGGGGCAGUGCUCAUUUAGUAGUAAUGGGGGUUGUAGGCCUUCAUCUCUUGGUGGCACUCUUGCUCUUGGUAGUUCUUUCUCACUUUUCUUUAAUAAAUCUAUGCUCAUUAUGCUAAAUACAUAAUGUAAAAUUUAAAAUACUGACACAUGCCGAACUUUCAGCAUGAGAAUAUAGAAAAAAACUGUAAGAGGUGGUGUUGUAAUACUUGUAAAAUAAUAUUGUUUCAAGAUGACACUGCAAAGUUGGAACCAUCCUCUUCUGAGAGACAGAGAGGCUGUGGUUGGUAGGUGUCACUGGCUUCAUGAAGCUGCCUGGAAACAAAACAAAAACCCACAGAUGUCAAAUUAUACUCUGCUCAGUUUUCAAUCAUUACUCCCUAUCACCAUGUCUCCUUUACAUUUGUGUUGGACUAAGAAAUAUAUAGUAGAGUGAUAUUUGUUUUAUUCAGUCUUCUUUUCUGGGUCAAUAUCAUCAGUUUGGCUCUAACAUAUGUUUAGAUAGAACACUUACUACUAAGUCUUUUAUAAGUCUAACAUUAUUACUAAUAGGUCUUUUGUGUCCUGUUUAUUAUUUUAGAAGUUUUGCUUAACUAUUUCUAUGGUCGUUAAUCUUUGCCACCUUUGUCAUCAGAUCUAGAAUCCCCUGGCAGACACACUUUUGGAUGCAUCUAUGAUGUUUCCAGGAAGACCCUUCUGAAUGUGGGCAGCAUUAUUUCACUGGCUGGGGUUCUGGACUGAAAAAAAAACAGCACCAUUUGUUGAAGAUGCUUUCUUUGUUCCAUUGUAUAUCUUUAGCUUCUUUGUCAAAUAUCAGGUGUCCGUAGGUAUGUGGGUUAA